GGUCAGAGGUGAGGGAUGGGCGGCCUGCGCGGGCCUAGGUGAAUAACUGCCCCGAGGUGUGUUCCCUGUGGCGCGAGUUUAAGAAGCCGGCUUAGGUCUCUGCUGUGUGCCUUGGCGAAACUCCGCCCUCUUGGUCUUCGGGCCUACAGUUAGCGUUGGGUCCUGGGCCCCCUGCAAUAGCCGCCCUUGCCCUGCUGCCUCCUCUUUCCAGGCGAGGCCCGACUCAGUUUGCUGCCACCGAUACCCCUCUCCUGAGCUCGAAUUGGAAGGAAAGCAGUCUGUAGUCUCGGUGAUGGCAGGGUUGCUUCCUGAAGUAGCGAAAGUGCCUUAGCGUCCCUUCCGCCUCCUUUGAGCUCCGAAACUCUGGAAAUAAGAAAAACGGCUAUCAUCUUAUGCCAAGAUGUCAGGAAUCGGAAAUAAAAGAGCAGCUGGUGAGCCAGGCACAUCCAUGCCUCCAGAGAAGAAGGCAGCUGUUGAAGAUUCAGGGACCACCGUGGAAACAAUUAAGCUAGGGGGUGUCUCUUCAACGGAGGAGUUAGACAUUCGAACACUACAAACAAAAAAUCGCAAGCUAGCAGAAAUGCUCGAUCAGCGUCAGGCCAUCGAAGAUGAACUUCGGGAGCACAUUGAAAAACUAGAACGACGACAGGCCACUGAUGAUGCUUCACUGUUGAUUGUCAAUCGGUACUGGAGUCAGUUCGAUGAAAACAUCCGUAUCAUCCUUAAACGUUAUGAUCUGGAGCAGGGUUUGGGAGACCUACUCACAGAAAGGAAAGCCCUUGUUGUGCCGGAACCAGAACCUGACUCUGAUAGCAAUCAGGAACGCAAAGAUGACCGAGAGAGAGGGGAAGGGCAAGAGCCAGCUUUCUCUUUCCUUGCUACUUUGGCCAGCAGUUCCAGUGAAGAGAUGGAGUCUCAGCUGCAGGAGCGUGUGGAGUCCUCCCGGCGAGCUGUGUCCCAGAUUGUGACUGUUUAUGAUAAAUUGCAAGAAAAAGUGGAGCUCUUAUCCCGGAAACUAAACAGUGGAGAUAAUCUGAUAGUAGACGAAGCAGUACAGGAACUGAAUUCCUUCCUUGUGCAAGAGAAUAUGAGGCUACAGGAACUGACAGACCUCCUUCAGGAGAAGCAUUGCACCAUGUCUCAGGAGUUUUCUAAGUUGCAGAGUAAAGUGGAGACAGCGGAGUCACGGGUAUCUGUCCUGGAGUCUAUGAUUGAUGAUCUGCAGUGGGAUAUUGACAAAAUUCGUAAGAGGGAACAGCGACUCAACCGACACUUGGCAGAAGUCCUAGAACGGGUGAAUUCAAAAGGCUAUAAGGUAUAUGGAGCAGGAAGCAGUCUCUAUGGUGGCACAAUCACUAUCAAUGCCCGGAAGUUUGAGGAAAUGAAUGCAGAGCUUGAAGAGAACAAAGAGUUGGCCCAGAACCGUCACUGUGAGCUGGAGAAACUUCGGCAAGACUUUGAGGAGGUCACUACCCAGAAUGAGAAGUUGAAGGUGGAAUUGCGGAGUGCAGUGGAGGAGGUGGUUAAGGAAACUCCAGAAUAUCGUUGCAUGCAGUCACAGUUCUCUGUUCUGUACAAUGAGAGCCUACAGUUGAAAGCUCACUUGGAUGAGGCUCGGACCCUGCUUCAUGGCACCAGGGGAACCCACCAGCGCCAGGUUGAACUCAUUGAGCGAGAUGAGGUUAGUCUUCAUAAGAAGCUGAGAACUGAAGUGAUCCAGCUAGAAGAUACACUGGCUCAGGUCCGCAAGGAAUAUGAAAUGCUGAGGAUAGAAUUUGAGCAGACCCUUGCUGCCAAUGAACAAGCAGGUCCUAUAAACCGGGAAAUGCGCCACCUCAUCAGUAGCCUCCAGAAUCACAAUCACCAGCUGAAAGGGGAGGUCCUAAGGUAUAAACGGAAGUUGAGAGAAGCCCAAUCUGAUCUGAACAAGACACGUCUGCGCAGUGGCAGUGCCCUCCUGCAGUCUCAGUCUAGUACAGAGGAUGCCAAGGAUGAACCUGCAGAGUUAAAACAAGAUUCUGAGGACUUACCCACCCAGUCCUCAGCACUGAAAACCUCUCAGGAGGAUGUCAAUGAAAUUAAAUCCAAACGGGAUGAGGAAGAGCGAGAACGAGAAAGGAGGGAGAAAGAAAGGGAGCGAGAAAGAGAACGAGAGAAGGAAAAGGAGAGAGAGCGAGAGAAGCAGAAACUGAAAGAAUCAGAAAAAGAAAGAGAUUCUGCUAAGGAUAAGGAAAAAGGAAAACAUGAUGAUGGAAGGAAAAAGGAAGCAGAAAUUAUCAAACAAUUGAAGAUUGAACUCAAGAAGGCACAAGAGAGCCAAAAGGAGAUGAAAUUGUUGCUAGAUAUGUACCGCUCUGCCCCGAAGGAACAGAGAGACAAAGUUCAACUAAUGGCAGCAGAGAAGAAGUCUAAGGCAGAGUUGGAAGAUCUAAGGCAAAGACUCAAGGAUCUAGAGGAUAAGGAGAAGAAAGAAAACAAGAAAAUGGCUGAUGAGGAUGCCUUGAGGAAGAUUCGGGCAGUAGAAGAGCAGAUUGAAUACCUGCAGAAAAAACUGGCCAUGGCCAAGCAGGAAGAAGAAGCUCUGCUCUCUGAGAUGGAUGUCACAGGCCAAGCCUUUGAAGACAUGCAGGAACAAAAUAUCCGUUUGAUGCAGCAGUUGCGAGAAAAGGAUGAUGCAAAUUUUAAACUCAUGUCAGAGCGUAUCAAGUCUAAUCAGAUCCAUAAAUUACUCAAAGAAGAGAAGGAGGAACUGGCAGACCAGGUUUUGACUCUGAAGACUCAGGUUGAUGCCCAGUUACAGGUAGUAAGGAAACUGGAAGAGAAGGAGCAUUUAUUGCAAAGCAACAUUGGCACAGGGGAGAAGGAGCUGGGUCUUAGGACCCAAGCCUUGGAGAUGAAUAAACGUAAGGCAAUGGAGGCAGCCCAACUUGCAGAUGAUCUCAAAGCACAACUUGAGUUGGCGCAGAAGAAGCUCCAUGAUUUUCAGGAUGAGAUUGUGGAGAACAGUGUCACCAAAGAAAAAGAUAUGUUCAAUUUCAAACGAGCCCAGGAGGACAUCUCAAGACUUCGAAGGAAGCUGGAGACCACAAAGAAACCAGAUAAUGUGCCCAAGUGUGAUGAGAUUCUGAUGGAGGAAAUUAAGGAUUAUAAGGCUCGUCUGACCUGUCCAUGCUGUAAUAUGCGCAAAAAGGAUGCUGUACUUACCAAGUGUUUUCAUGUUUUCUGCUUUGAGUGUGUGAAAACACGCUAUGACACCCGUCAGCGCAAAUGUCCCAAGUGUAAUGCUGCUUUUGGUGCCAAUGAUUUUCAUCGCAUCUACAUUGGUUGAUUCAAGUCAAGAGAAGAAGAGGAGCUGGCUAGACAGGCACUUAUUCAUUAACCACCAAACCUCUACCUCUUCUCACCUUGACAGUUUAUCUGUCAACUCCCAUUCCUCCAUAGACUUUACGUCCAGGCUCUCUGCUCAAAUAGCUAGAUGACUUUAGGGGAAAGGAUUGGUAAAUGCAAGCCUUGGGUUAUAGAAUGAAUUAGAAACAAAUGAAGAAACAGUUGACUCAUAUUUGACCCAUAUUUGUCUUGCCUAUCAGCUUUAUUUCCAGCUUUUAGACUUUUCAACAUUUUUGGGCAGAGAUGGGCCCAUUGUAUCAUCUUGUAUUAUGCAUUCCUCCAAAAGAAAUCAAGUUAGUAUUUUUGACAAGGAGAAAGGAACAAAGACUGGAAAUGUGUUAUUUUGAGGGAGUGGCCUUUAAGAAAUAAGCUAUCUGUGGGCACACACUUUUCUUAAUUUGGGUAGUUAACUUUUUCUAAACUUGAAUUAUAAAAUGAUAUAAUUGCUCUAUUCUUUCCUGGAUGGUUUGAAACCUUAAUGAAAUUAUAUCCAGGAUAAUUUAGUCCAUUUCCCAUUUACUUGCAAAAUAACUUUUAAGGUCAGGUGGCUUUCUUACUAAAUUAUUUAAGUUUCAAAUGUUCAACAUCUAAAAGUCUAAAUUUCUUAAGGUCAGAAUAAUUCAAGUAAUAUAGACACUUUUGCCUUCUAAUGAAAUAAAAAUUGGAGAUGAGGAAUAGAACUGAAGUGGUAAAGAGACCUUCUGGGUACUCUGGGAAAUUGAUACAGAGAGGCUUUGGUGAGCUAUGAAUUUACUCUCAUCCUCCUCUCAAUAGGGGUUUUGUGAGCCCUAUUUUCCAGAAGAUUCUGUAUAAUCUUUCUGUAGGACUUUGUACUCUACAAGCUUCAAUUAAAGCAGGAUUCAGUUUA